AUAUAUUAGGUUUUGUAGGACAUUCCCUAAUGUGAUGCUAGUGGGUACUAGGCCCAUGGUACGUUUGGUUUCAUCCAUGCAAGAUUUCGAUGAGGUCCUUUUUUUCGUUGUUUUACUGCGUGUGUGUUGAUUUAUUUUGUGACCUUCACAAUUGAUGUUGCUUUUGGAAUAUGCGAUCCUGUACCACGAGUGUCCGUAUGGUCGACAGGACAAUACUCGACGAAAUAUAAAGACCGGGAACAGCUCCAGUUAAAAGCGGAUGAAGAAAAGGAAAUAGUAGGGUUUCCUCGAGAGCAGACGUCAGUCCGCGGUCUUCCAAGGACAUGAAUGGAGUGUGGCGGCGAAUGUGCGGAAAGUCUACGAGAGCCGGAGAAAAGCUGCGAUGGGGGUGUCUCCGCUGUAUACCAGAUCAGAAACUGAUUCUAGAGGAUCAUUGUACUGUACCUGAUUGCAACAUCUUUGACCACGCAUUAGCUUUUACAGUGUCAAGACCACAGUGACUGAAGGAAUUUUUGACUUUGCCAACUUCCACACCGAUGUAUGCCUUUCUAUUUGGGUGGACCCAAACAAGACUGCACCAUAUAUCGAAACAUUUUCCACAUUUUCACAAUACUGAGCUGUGAGCAGUGAUGAAAAGCAGCGUUGGUAAUUCUUAAACCUCACCGUAUCUGCCUGUUCCCACUUCCAGUCAUUGUCGGCAAGCAACCUG